AUGGACUUUUUGGAAAAUCUUCCAUUUUCGUCAAUAAUUGGUGCACUUGAAUAUCAAUCUCAAGUAAAAGCAACCAAUCAAGCGAUUCUUUAUCCUGAUUCAACUAAAAAUUCGACUGAAUAUGCUUCAUUAACAUAUAAACAGUUUAACAAUUUAACAAAUCAUUUAGCUGAAAAGAUUUCUGAAUAUUUACCAAAAAUAUCUUCGAAUGAGUCGAUCACUUGUGCUUUGUUAUCAAUUGGUGGAUUGGAAUAUUUAUUAAGUCAAUAUGCAUUAUUGAAACUUCCUCAUGUGAUUAUGUUUCCUUUAUCUGCAAGAAAUUCACCAGCAGCGAUUGAACAUCUUUUGAAAGAAACGAAAACGUAUCUUUUAUUAACAACAACAUUUUAUUUACCAAUGAUAAAAACAAUUCAAGAAAAUAAUCAACAACUUCAAUCAGUGAAAAUCAUUCUUUUAGAUCAAGAAGAAUUUCUUGUGGAAAAUUUAUUGAAAAAUAAAGAUAUUCAAUCAUCAUUUUCAACAAAGAUCGUUAAAAGUAAUGAAGAAUUAAGUAGAAUCGUUGUUAUUCUUCAUAGUUCUGGAAGUACAUCUCAUCCAAGACCAAUUUAUCUAUCAAAUCGAUAUUUUCUAAUCUCCUAUUCGUCUUAUCAAACAUUGAAUAAAGAUUUUUGGAAAGAAGAUGAUGUUGCUUUGACUUGGGGUGCUUUAUUUCAUUUAUUGGCAUUUAAUGGAACUGUUCGUGCAAUUCUAGCCGGUUGUACUUAUGCAUUACCAUUAUGUGUGACAUUUCCUCUAAAACCCGAUGAAUUAGUAAAUAAUAUUCAAGCUCAAAAUGGUAUAACGGUACUUGUCACUGUACCAAGUUUACUCGAACAAUUAAUUCGUGAAUUACUUUCGGAAAAAAAUCAACAUAUUGGAUUAAAACCUUUACAAAAGCUGAAAUUUGUUAUGUAUGGUGGAGCUGGUUGUCCCGAUCAUUUAUGUAAAACGUUAGUCGAGAAUAAUGUCGUUCUAUUAAGUGUUUAUGGUUCAACAGAAACUGGUCUUGUUCUUGUGAAUAAUUUUCACCCGUAUGAUAAACGAUGGAAAUUUAUGCAAUUACCAUUGAGUCGAAAACCUUAUGUUCGUAUCGAAACACCUGCUGAUUCACAGGAUCCCAAUGAAAAAAUCAUUAUUCAUCUUCCAACAGAUCCGUUCUUAGCUCAAAAUAUUUCAAAUCAACCCGAUGGUUCAUAUAUUGUUGGUGAUAUUCUCUUAGAAGAUCCACCAAAUUCUGGUUUCUAUCGAAUAUUAGGACGACAAGAUGAUACGUUAGUUCAUAUCACCGGUGAAAAAACAAAUCCAAUUCCAAUUGAACAUUCAAUACAAAGUUGUCCUCUAGUUAAACAAGUUGUUCUUGUUGGUCAUAAUCAAUUCUGCACAGCAGCUUUGAUCGAAUUAGAUAAAGAUAAAACAAAAGAUUUGAAUGAAAAGAAAAUUCUGGAUGAAAUUUGGAAAUAUGUUGAACAAGCGAAUAAAGAUGCUCCAUCACAUUCACGUCUUGUCAAACAACUUAUUCAUAUUCUUUCAAAUGAUCAAAGUUUACCUGUAACUCAUAAAGGAAAUCUUCAACGACAAAAAAUCAAUCAAUUAUAUUCAAAUUUGAUUUCACAAAUCUAUGAUGAAUUUCUCAAUGAACAAUAUAAGGAACAACAACAAGAGAAAGUCAUUCAACGAUCUAAUUGGACAAAAGAAUCAAUUGAAAACUAUCUUAAAGAAAAAUUCCAACGAAUUCUUGACCAGACAAUAGAUGUAUCGAAAUCCGUUUUUGAUUUUGGUGUCAAUUCAUUACAAAUUGUUGAAUUACGAAAUCUUAUUUGUGAAGAUAUUUGUCAAAUACCAAAAAAUUUUCUCUAUGAGAAUUCUUCAAUAGAUCAAAUGUCAGAAAAGCUAUUUGAAUUUAUUCAAUCCGGUUCGAACGAAAAUGAGAAUAACGAUAUCAGUUCAUUUCAUUAUCAAUCAGCUGAAGAAAUUCUCGACAAAUAUCGAACUUUAAUUGAAACCAAUUUUCCAUCGUUAUCAAAAAAGGAAAAUCAAAAAACGGAACGAACUUUUCUUCUUACAGGUGCAAAUGGUUCAUUGGGAUGUUUCAUUCUUCGUGAUUUACUUUCACAAUCAUCAACAACAAUUAAACGUAUUUAUUGUCUUUUACGUGGAUCAAAUCCUCAACAACGUUUAUUUGAAUCAUUUCAACAAAGAAAAUUGGAUUUAUCCCUUUUAAACGAUCAACGUUUAGUUAUUUUAUCUUCAUCAAUGAAUUUGUCUGAAGAAUACCUUGGACUAUCAAAUGAAAUUUAUGAAGAGUUAAAAGACGAAUUAACUGAUAUAAUUCAUUCUGCAUGGAAAAUGAAUUUCAAUCAAACAGUGAAAGAUUUUGAAUUUGAUUCAAUUCUGGGUGUUUACCACCUUUUGAAAUUAUCUUCAUUCAAUCAAUGUCAAUUUCAUUUCAUUUCAAGUAUUUCAUCAGCUUCAUCAGGUCUUUUACAAAUUAUUAAAGAGAAACCAUUGCCUGAACACAUACAAAUUGCAUUACCACAAGGUUAUGGACAAAGUAAAUUCAUCAGUGAACAUUUAUGUUGGAAAGCGAAACAAAUUUCAAAUAUUCAAACAAAGAUUUAUCGUGUUGGUCAAAUUAGUGGAGAUACACUGAAUGGAAUAUGGAAUUCGACAGAAAUGGCUGCAAUGAUGAUUUAUGCAGGUGCAGGACAAUUACAUAAAAUGCCAAAUGUUGGAAAUGAUAUUAAUUGGAUACCAGUCGAUAUUUGUAGUCAAACAUUAGUGGAAUUAGCAUUGAAAUCAUCGGAAGAUCAACAUGUUUAUCAUCUUGUGAAUCCAAAUUGUGUUGAAUAUCAAAGUUAUUUAGAUUUACUUCGUGAAAGUGGACUUCGAUUUGAUAUUGUUUCAAAAGAUGAAUUUCUUGAUGCAAUUUUAACUACAACGGAUCAAACUAAUCCAUUGAUUAAAUUAUCAUCGUUCUUAGAACAAAUCUAUCGAAAGAAAGAUAAUUCAAAACCAUCAACUACGUUUCAAACAGAGAAAACUGUUGAACAUUCACAAACUUUAAAAAAUUGUCCACAAAUCGAUUCACAUCUCAUUCAACUCUAUGUAAAUUAUUGGACAAAUUCCGCGAUUUUAAAAGAGAACAGUUAA